AGAGUCAAAUUCGUAUCGAUUGAAGCUUCAAAAAUCGAGAAAGCCGACUAUAUGAAGUCCAAAAGAUGAUUUGCAUCGAAUGUGGCGGUACCGCGUUCAACAACACGGAACUAUGUGAAAACUGCAUGGAUGUUAACCGUUCUGGCACGAUGUCGUUGGAUAUGGCCCGUCAGUGUGACAUGUCGUCCAGCUGUGGAUCGUGCCAAAGAAUGAUAACUGCAGAUUCGAGGCAGUGCACAACUUGUCGGAAAAGCUACCAUCUCUCCUGCGACUCUUCCGACGUCUCAAGCCUGAACAAUUUCGUCUGCAUAUCCUGUCGUCGGCGAAGCCAAAUGCUGCCGGACGACGUGAUGCUUUCAGCCUCCGCACGCCCUUCUCGCGGACAAGACGCACCUCUUUCUCCAUUCAGCGACCCCUCAGUUCCCCAGAUUUCACUACAAAUGCAACCGGCACCUCUGCCGUCCAGUUAUCCUAGAAGUCAGGAUUUCAACGGGGAUGUGUACACCCAAAUAGCCGCCAUGCAGCAACAACGUCAGCAGCAGCAGCAAAAUCAAGUUCAGCAGAUGUUGGCCACACAGGCACAGCUUAUGGAUGAAAUUAGCGAUGGUGGUGGUACGAAUGACAGCGAUCGGAAUAGUAGUCCAUUUUAUCAAGAGGCUUCCGACUACGAUGAGGAUUUCGUGCCUGCUAGCACUCGCGGACGUGGACGUGGUGGAGGCGCCAAGAAAAAACCAGGCCGCGGAGGAUCCACUGGUACUCGUCGACAAACGAAUCCCGGCCCGUCGGGCUUCUUUUCCGCCACACAGCUUCAGGCGAUGAGUGGUGAUUUCUCCCACCUUCACCAACCGCAACAAACAUCAUCGACACGUGGAAAGAGGGGAAAACGAGGAAACGGCACGUCGGUGCCACGUCAGCCUGGCAAGGGACCGGGUCGUGGACGUGGCCGUGGGCGCGGUAGUGCAGCCGCCAUUGCUCAGCUCGCCCAGCUUCAACAGGUGCAAUACGGUGCUCAGGGAGCCCCAAUGUUCAAUGGUGCCCCACAGCUUCACCCAACCCAACCCACUGUUGCUCCUACUCUUCCACCCAGUGUUACCUAUCAAAAUGUUGCUCCAACUGCUCCUCCUGCUCCUCCUGCCCUUCAGACCCCUCUUCCCGAUCCGCUGCCCUCAAUUGUUCCGAGUUUCCAGCAGGCCCCACAGGCGGUCGCAAUUCGAGAAGUCGACGAGCUGAUGCUCGAGGAUGAAAGCUCACGGCAGUCUGGCGGCUCAAGAUCUGAUGAGCCAGAGUAUAUUCGUACGGCUAUUGUUUGCAGAGUCAAUGACGAGUUUUUGCAAAAGGCUUGUAUGUGCUUAGUAUGCGGAUCGAUUGGAAAAGGGCCCGAAGGAUCGAUGGUGGCAUGCUCAAAUUGUGCACAGACGUAUCACACGUAUUGUGUAACCCUACAUGAUAAGCUCAACUCAGCAGUAGUCGGACGUGGUUGGCGAUGCCUUGACUGUACAGUUUGCGAGGGAUGUGGAACCGGAGGCGACGAGGCGAAUCUGCUACUCUGUGAUGAGUGUGAUGUCUCGUAUCACAUUUACUGCAUGAAACCCCUACUAGACAAGAUUCCCCAAGGACCGUGGAGGUGUCAGUGGUGUUCAAGAUGCCGGAGAUGCAAUCAUAAAGCAGCGUCUGGCAAUGAUUUAACGUCGCAAGGACUGUGUUUCCCGUGUGCUUCACUCCGCAAAUGCCCGAGAUGUGAACGGAAUUAUCAAUUAAACGAGAAGCUGAUUCGGUGUAGCCAGUGCAGCAAAUGGCAACAUGGUGCCUGUGAAGGUCUCUACACAGACGAACAGCUCGAGCAAGCAGCAAUCGAUCGUAUGAGAUGCUCGGCGUGCCGUCCGAAAAGAGUUCAACCGAGUGGAUUCUCUGACGUAGAUACUGUAUGGUGCGACUACGUGGCACUUGAUAAAGAUGCUCAUGAGAUUUUGAAGUCGAAAUACACACCGUCCGCUUUGAAGAAUCAUAUGAUGGAAUCUGUUGGUUAUCGAGAAUCAUUCGAUCAUUAUGACGAUGACUACAAUCCAUUGGAGGAUUCGUCAGAUCAAGUGACGCCACUUCCUAUCCCUGGUCAGCGUGGACGAGGACGUGGAAAUCCGAGCGGGCGACGUGGCAUGAAUCGCAUUGGAAUCGGCGGUUUCUACGCAAAACUUCCUCGUCAUCGAAUCCAGGCGCUCACUGAGGAGGCAGCGGCCGCCGCGGCGUCAAGUGAAGACUCAAAACAAGCGAAAAGACCGAGAAAGUCGCGAAGAUCUCAGUUGGAGGAUGCUUACCCACCGCAGAUUCAAGAAGCGUUCUUUGGGAUUAAGGCAGUGGAGGGAAAAGUUCUUGUGGACACACCAGUCGAUGAGCCAUUCCUUGCAGAAUUCAAUGGAUGGUACAAAAGGACGCGAUCGACGAAGGCUUUCGAGCUGUGUAUGACGGCUUCUGAAAUGCUCCGAACUGAUAUUGAUGAGAACGAGUUUUUGGAUUGUGUCGGACUGCCAAAUAUGGAAACUGACGCGCUUGAUGACUUUGAUUUCAAUUUGCUCGAAGAUUUUGAUGUUGAUGAGGAGAAUGAUGAGCUCGAGAAUAGUCUACUCGGAGCUCCCGGGAACACUGAAAUGAAGGAGGAUGCGGCCGAAGGAAUCGAGGGAUCUUAUGGACCAACUUCGUUCAAUCUUGACCAAAGACCAUCAACGUCAUCUGCCGGAGGAUCCUUGGGAUCACAAGACCCCUUCCAUCCAGGAAUGAACCCCGCAAACUUUGCCCAACACGCUCCAGGAGUUCGUAACGCAAUCGCGAGAAGCGGAAGCCAAACCGACAAUUCCGAACGCUAUCAAUUUUCGGCUCGCUGGGAAGAGGACGAGCCAAACGGGCUUCAGGCGACGACGGCGGCAGUGCUCUAUUCGAACGAGAAGCACGGAUACCUACGACAACAGUUUCCGAAUUGGGUGGAUCGUGUCAAGCAGAUUCAGAAGCUUUGGAGGACAUUGAAUCACGAAGUUCGCCUGGACUAUGUGAAUCGUGCUCGCGAUAAUCGUACCAGAAGCGGAAACCGCCCACGUCCUCGAAGAACCAAUGUGCAGAGUACCGACAGUCCCCCACCGCCACAGAUGGGUUUCAAGGUGCCGGCGAAUCCUUCCUCGAACAUGAUGGGAUCUUCGGAGCAGUCUAUGCAGCCGAAGCAGGUGUUCAUCACGCAUCACCUUCCGAUGGAUGUCUAUCAAGUGUAUCAGGACUUGAAGCGAGUGAAAUUCGAUCGAGAACGACUUAAUGGGUCGUUGGAAGAGCAACUGAACAAGGCUCGCAAACAGAAGAAGAAUCUUGCGGCGAAGAAGCGGCAAAUGGUCAAAACUCAGACCGCCGCGCCAGAUUACGAUGGAAGGAAUAUUGAUUUGAACGAAAGUGAUCAGCAGACGCUGGCGACGCUAACCGAGCAGAUUAAGGUCACUCAGGCCGAGAUUGAGUUGCAUCGGCGGGACUUGAAGAAGCAUGAGAGCAAUUUGUCGGAUUUUGUAAUGAAGCACGGGAUUCUGCGCAAUGAACACGAGGUCAAGCGAGAGGAUGUACAACUUUCGGCCAUUCGAGAUCAACAAUAUGCGGCUCACGCGGACGAGAUGCUCGCUCAACAAGCACAGAAUCAGGGGCUUGGACAGGUACAUCCGCCGGUUUUGGUAGCUCCACAGGCUGCGAUUUCGUUGCCGAUGCUCAAUCAACAACAGCAACACCAUCAGAGGAUGAUGCAGAUGCAAAUGCGCGGCGGUCCGCCUGGACAAUUUAUGAUGAGAGCUCAACCACCACAGCAGCCCCAGAUAAACAUGCACAAUCACGAAAUUGCAAAGAGGAUGUUGAUGCAACAGUUCCGUAACGCUCAUCCGGUGAUGGGUGGUAUUCGACACGACGAGAUCACGGAUCCAAUCAUGCGAGAUGUCUACGAUUGUCUCGAGGCGAUCGUCUUUGACGUGCACACUGUCGCUGAGCGUGAAGCAAUGCAAGCAGCCGGACAACAACCACCACCGCCGCACAUUAUGCAAAGAAUGAUGCAGCAGCAUCCGGGUGGUCCAGGGGGUCCUCGUCUCAUAAUGCCUGGCCAAUUCCCUCAGCUUCAAGGUCGGCGCAUUCCUCAGCAACCUCCGCCAGUGCAGCUUCCACAGGUCGACGUCGAUCCGCCGAAGACAGCAGCGAAGCGCAAGAAGGGUGGCGGAAAUCCGAAGAAAAACGCGUCUUCCUACCCGGCAGCAGGCGAAUACGACGCAUGGAUCGAGCAGAUGCGCAUGCGAUUCCGGUUGUGCCCGGAUAUCCCGAAGAAGCAGAAAGAGCCGCGACUGAAUCGGCCCGGGUGUGAAUUUGUGUCCCAUGGGCUCACUGAUAUGGCGGUUAGGGCCACCAAGAAAAGAACACCGUUGGUUGGCGAGUUUGGAGCAAUGAGGGUCAAGCGAGGCACCAGGCUCUUUGGAAAUGAGGAGAGAGGAGAAAAGUCGAUUAUGUUCCAGGACCUGAAUCUCUACCAAGUGGAGCCUCAAAUCCGGCUUUUUGCUCUCUACAACAACCCCCUUCCAACUAUGGAGGACGAUGUGUUCCGUGAUGAGGAGGAUCAGAUAAUCGAUAAGCCUACCUCAGCUCUGCAGAAGCUUCUUAACAAGAAGCGCGGAGCUUCAGGAGCGAUGGACCACAUCAGAAGUCGAGCCAGGUACAUGGAGGAGACGAACAUCCCACCAGCACCCGAGCGCGGUAUGUUCUAUGAGAACGUCGAGGCCGAGGAAGAGGUGACCGUCGAGCUCGUCUUCAACACGUGCGACAUCACCGAGGAGAGCUCAGUGGAUGAGAAGAAGGAUGUGUGCGGACGGCUGCAUGAGCAAAUUCGCGAUUUGCUGGCAAUCAAAGAUGAGGUCGCCUGGAGUAUGGAGGAUACGCCGCCAGAGAGUCCGGUGAGCCGGAGUCCGGAGCCUGAAGCUACUGUUGGAGCGGUUCAACAGACGAGCUCAACGUCUAGAGCUCCAUCGGAAGCUACUGAGAGGGAAAUCAAGCGGGAAGUCGAAGAAGAAGCAGCUCCUGUAGCUCCAGAAAUCAAGCGGGAAAUCGUUGAACCUUCGCAGAGCCAGAAUUCCAGCCAGUGCAAAAACUGUCAGAAGGCCCUAGAAUCCCAUAGCUCUACCUCCAUUGUUACUGUGAAAGCCGAGAAGCUGAACCUUGCCCCUACAGGAUCAGUUGUUACUACAAGAGCAGCACCAGUGCCUCCAGGAGUACCAGGAGCUCCAGGAGCUCCAAUAGCCCCAUCAGAAGAGAAAACCAAGGAAGAACUUGCAAGUUUCUGCUCGAAAAAGUGCUACUACGAGCUCGCCUCGGCCACACGAGCCCCGCUCACCGAGGAGGAAGUCGCGGCCGCCGAGCAGCACGUCAGCGAGGAGGUCUACAACAAACUGAAGCAAGUGCUCACGGAGAAUAUUGUGAAGGCGGUGAGCCAGGGGAAAAAGCCGGACCCGCAACUCACAUCGCCUCGCGACACGAGAUGUAUGAUGGACGAAGGGCGUAGAGAAAACGUGACAAUUGUCCCAGUCGCGUCGCUGAUCGGAGCUGUGGAGGCACCGAAAGAGGCGCCCUCACAGAGAGCGGCCGAAGCGGCCGAGGAUUGGAAGGCCUAUACGAAGAGUAUUUGGGAUUCGUUUGUGAAUAUUCAGCAGCAACAUGCGCAUCACAUCCUAUCGCCAAAAAUCGGAGUCCCUCAUCCACCGUAUCAUCUGGACAAGCGUAUCUGCGUGUUUUGUGGUGGAAUUGGAGACGGUGAAACGACGAGAUGCGGCCGGCUGAUCUCACUAACCGAAUUCUAUUGGGUUCACGUGAACUGUGCUCUCUGGAGUGCUGAAGUGUUCGAGAAUCAGACCGGCGGCCUGACGAACGUUGAUCGAGCCGUGCUCCGUGCCGCUCAAACAGCCUGUGAUCAUUGUAAACGGCCGGGAGCAAGUGUCAAAUGUCAUAAAAUGAACUGUGGCGUCAAUUAUCAUGUGCUCUGUGCGAUGCAAAACAAUGGAUUCUUUAUUAAGGACAGGACAUUCAUCUGCAAGCAGCACGAAAAAGUAUCGAACCAGGCGAUCGUCGGCCGCUUAGACGCUCUCCGCCGAAUCUACGUGAAGCGCGACGAGAACACAAUGCUCACUCGGCUCUUUGAGCUCACUGAUGGUCCGACGCUCUGCAUGCGACUCGGCGCUUUCACCUUCUACAAGAUCGGCUCGAUCACACCGAAACAGCUGAAGCGGUUCCAUACCAAGGACUACAUCUUCCCGAAUAACUACCGUAUCACUCGACUCUUCUGGUCACCAAAAAGCCAUCGAGAACGAAUGAUGUUCGAGUGCAUCAUUGAAGAUCGUAAUAAUCAACCGAUAUUUGUCGUGAAGAGUUUGGAAGAUCCGACGAUCUGCUACAAGGCGGUUUCAGCGUCAAAGGCGUGGCAACCAAUCUACGAGAAGGUCCACCAGCUCCGCGAGCAACAACAGGGAGAUUCUCUGAAAUUCUUUGGCUCCCAAAUCUGUGGAGAAACGCUAUUCGGGCUCAACGAGAACGCUAUCACCAAGAUCACAGAGUCUCUGCCAGGCUUCGACACGAUCUUCACCUAUCAACACCGUCAUCAGAACAGCCCGGUUCUUGAACUUCCGCUAGCCGAAAAUUUAAUGGGAUGUGCUCGCGCGGAGCCCAGAAACCGAACCAUCGGACAACACUUCCGAACGAAGCCGCAACCAAUGGGAGGCACCCAUCAUCAUAUUGGCUCUGCAUCGGGUCUCAGCUCCCAGGCGACGAUAAUUGCCUCGUCCUCCUCCUCUGCAAAUGAGAGCUUACAGUCCAGACAAGCGGCAACUUCCGUCACCUCGGCGAACUCUGGCCGAACUCGCGGGGUUCGAUCCUACUAUACCGAGGAAGCGGCAGCGAGAGCCCGCGCCUUCGGGAUCCCUCCGGAAAUGGCCUCAUUGUCACUUCGGAUGGAGACGACGCAGAACGCGCAAACAGCCUUCUCAGCUUAUCAGAAAAUGCGUAGAGAGUGGAAGGAUCGAGUUUACCUGGCGAGAUCCCGCAUCGCUGGACUUGGAUUAUAUGCGAAGGUUGAUAUCUCGAUGGGCGAUUUUAUUAUCGAGUACAAGGGUGAAAUAAUUCGAUCGGAAGUGUGCGAAGUUCGAGAAAUUCGCUACGUCGCUCAAAAUCGUGGUGUCUACAUGUUCCGAAUCGACGAGGAAUGGGUGAUCGACGCGACGAUGGCAGGUGGACCGGCGAGAUAUAUCAACCAUUCGUGUGAUCCGAACUGCUCGACGCAGAUUCUGGAUGCAGGCUCUGGAGCUCGCGAGAAGAAGAUUAUUAUCACUGCGAAUCGGCCGAUAAGUGCCAACGAAGAGCUUACCUACGAUUAUCAAUUCGAGUUGGAAGGCACCACAGACAAAAUUCCGUGUCUUUGCGGAGCACCGAACUGUGUAAAAUGGAUGAACUAAAUUAGUGUUUGUUUUUGUUGUAACUUUGUAAUUUUCCAUCUUCCUAUCCCCGAAAUUUCCUUCAAUUCCGCUGGCCGGAUCAUUAGAUUUCUAAUUUCUUUUUUUUUCUAACGUUUUUUUUUCUCAUUUUUCUCAACAAUUGCACCUCAUUGAAAAUAUUUAUACACACUGACUAUUAAAUUUUGGUCUCAUUUUUAUUAGCAAUCUUCAUGUAUUAUGAUGUAUCCCUCUUUACUCACUCAAAAGUAGCUUAAUUAUAUUGUCCCAUCUUGUUCUUGUUUGUAUAAAUUGCCCAUUUUC